CCUAAUUUAAUGAGACACGCACAAAUGAAUUCUACUAAAGAUUUGUUGGUUGAUGAAUUAUAUAAAAGAGGGUAAAAUCAUAAAGGUUUUGGAAUUAUUCGAUCCCAAGACAAACUCCAUCCAUUUUGUUCUGCUUAACAGAAGUACACUGAAGGUGCAGCUAUCAUGGACGAACACAGAACGGAAGCUGUCGAUCGCAUCUCUGAUCUACCUGAGCCAAUUCUUCAUCAUAUACUAUCUAAGGUUGAAGCAACAGAUGCAGCUCGAACUAGCGUCUUAUCCAAGGCCUGGAAAAGCAUAUAUGAUUCAUUUCCGGUGGUGGUUUUAGAUGAACUCUUCAUUGAAGAAUAUGUCAAAUCAUAUGAGCUCAGCAGUGAGGAAAGGCAGAAGUACCUGAGUAAUUUAGAGCAGUUCAGGACUCGUUAUAACGUGCAUAUACGAGGGGUUGGGGCUGAUGAGGAGAAAGGCAAAUUACUAGCGAUGAUGAUUAUCAGAGAGAAGUUCAUGUUGUUAUCAAACAAUUCGCUUAAGAGAAUAAAUCAGCAGAAAGAGUUGCUUAGCAUUAAAAAAUUCAGAUUUAGGAUUUUCCACCUGGAUGAUGAGUUUGCCUCUGUCAUUGACAAUUGGGUAGGAUUGGUAACAGAGAGAAACAUCGAAGAGCUAGAUAUAGAUCUCGGUUGCACAUUCUUACCAGUAUGUGAUUAUCCAAAACCAACAUACCAUUUGCCCCAAGCAAUACUUGCUGCAAAAUCACUAACUGUCUUGAAGCUAGGCGGAUGUAGAUUAGAUCUCCCCUUUACAGCAGGUAGCACAAGGUUUCCUUCCCUCCAACAGCUACAUCUAUGCUCAGUUCAUCUAGAUGAGCAGAUACUGGACAACCUUAUCUCCACUUUCCCUUGUGUUCAAAUCUUUGCUCUUGAGAACUUUUGGGAGCUUUUCUAUUUUCGCAUUUCUGGACUCGGUAAACUUAAGAUGGUUGAGUUGUCAUCAAUGCAUUGGAACCUCAAAGAGGUUAACAUUGAAGCACCAAGCCUUGAAACUUUGGACUUUUGCGAUGAGUUAAGAAGUUCCAUAUGCAAGGUCAAUUUGGACGCAUGCCAAAAUCUGAAAAAGUUACAUUUAAGACACGCCAAUUUAAGUGACCAAUUAUUGCAAGAGCUUAUCUCUAAAUUGCACCUGCUUGAGACUUUGAAUAUAAGCUAUUGCGAUAGGUUGGAAAGAGUUAAGAUUUUGAGUCAUAAGCUGAAAAGCCUAAGCAUAUACCAUUGCGAGAGAAUUGCAGAUGUGAAUAUUGACUCUCCAAAUCUGUGUUCUUUCUCAUUUAAUGGCAGUAAAGAAACAACACCCUCCAUCUCUCUAAUUAAUAAUCUCAUUUCUCAAUUGGGAGUUCGUGUAUAUUUCGACUUACAUCGCGACAAAAAUUGUGGAGCCGAAUGGCUCCUUAGUUUUAGACAGUUCCUAGCAAACUUUGGGCGGAUAGAAGACUUAUACUUAUGCCUCCCUCCCCAUAAGGAUUCUUUCAUUCAACAAGAGCUGCCAGAUGUUUCAGUUCCUCCACCAAGUGAGGUCACCUCUCUGAAGCUGUUAAUUUGUGCAACUCCAAGGUCACUCUAUUAUGCUGCCCUUGUCAAUGGCCUGUUUUGGAGUUGUCGCCCCAAGACUUUAAAAAUAUGGCGUGUAGUGGACUGGCACUUUGGUCUCAUUAGGUGGUGGAACAAUCAAAUAGACAAGAUGGAGCUCAUACUUGUGCUAGCUUUACUUGUUCAUCAGUAUGCUCAUCGAUUUGCUUCAAUGCAGUUCCUGUUGAACAAGCUGAAAAACAGAGAAGAUGUACAAUGCUGCAACGCUAAUGCCAUCAAAAGGUGGGAGGAUGAAGUGGAGGACGUUAAGAUUAGGAUUAAAACCGAAAUUGAAUAUGAGAUGCCUCAUUGGACUGACUUUUUACAUGCAAUGCCCACGACGCAUUAUGGUAAAAAUGUAUAUUUUGAUUUCAAAUGGCAACAAUCAUCCACAUGUUAA